UUUACUUCUCUCUCGCUGCCUUGUUCCUUGUUCCAUCAAAUACUUUUCCUUCUCUCCCUAACAGAGGCUUAAUCGACCCCCGCAACCAGCUCUUGGAGCUGCCUACAGCUCUCCCCACAUCUACACAUCCAUCACUUAACACAUCAUGGCACCUCCCGGCCGCAGGCGCGGCGCGAUUCUGCCCGUCUUAUUGGGACUGUUUGUUCUUUUCGCCAGUACCGCCUCAGCCGCCUCCGCCGUUCUGGGCGUCGAUCUUGGAACGUCUUACCUCAAAGGCGCACUCGUGAAGCCCGGAAUCCCAUUGGAAAUUGUCCUUUCAAAGGACUCGAAGCGCAAGGAGACAGCCGCUGUCGCGUUCAAAUCUCCUCGCACCCCCUUUUCUGCUUCAGGAUCCUCCUUCCCCGAGCGCGCGUAUGGCGGAGACGCCCUCGCGCUCGCUGCCCGCUUUCCCGCCGAUGUCUACCCGAACCUGAAGCCGCUGCUGGGCCAGCGCCUGGACGGAAACGCGGCGGAGGAAUACAGCCAAUGGCACCCGGCGUUGGAGGCAGUUUCGGUCGAGGGCCGUGGCACCGUGGGCUUCAAGAGCCCGAGCUUCGAGAAGGACGCGCCGGCGUUCAGCAUCGAGGAAUUGCUGGCCAUGGAGCUGCAAAACCUGCGCGAGAACGCUGAAUCGCUGGCAGGCAAGGGAACUCGGAUCUCUGAGGCCGUUAUCACGGUUCCGGCUUUCUUCACCGGAGCCGAGAAGCGUGCGGUCGAGCUCGCGGCAGAGCUUGCGGGCUUGAACGUGCUUGCUCUUGUCAGUGAUGGUUUGGCUGUCGGUCUCAACUACGCGACUAGCAGGACGUUCCCCAGCAUCAACGAAGGCGGAAAGCCGGAGCACCACAUGGUUUUCGAUAUGGGCGCUGGGUCGACGACGGCCACCAUCAUUCGCUUCCAGGGCCGGACUGUAAAGGAUGUCGGACGGUUCAACAAGACCAUUCAAGAGGUUACGGUUUUGGGCACGGGCUGGGAUAAGAGCUUGGGUGGUGACGCGCUGAACGGUCUUGUCAUGAACCACAUUAUCGAACAGUUUGCGGACAGCUCUGAGGCGAAGAGUGGCAAUGUCAAGGCGGCGGAUGUGAAGAAACAUGGUCGUACCACGGCCAGGCUCUGGAAGGAUGCGGAGAAGGUCCGCCAGGUGCUUAGCGCAAACCAGGCCACUGGCACCGGCUUCGAAAGCCUGUACCAGGACAUUGACUUCAAGUACAAGAUUACGCGCGCCGAGUUCGAGACGAUGGCUGCUGAACACGCCGAGCGUGUUGCUGGACCCAUUCAGCAGGCACUGUCUGCGGCCGGCCUGACCUUCGCCGACCUUGACUCGGUCAUCAUGCACGGCGGUGCUGUGCGCACUCCCUUCGUUCAGAAGAAGCUUGAAGCCCUGGUCGGUGACCCCGCCAAGCUCCGGAGCAACGUAAACGCCGAUGAGGCGGCUGUCUUUGGUGCGGCUUUCAAGGGCGCCGGUUUGUCUCCUAGCUUCCGCGUCAAGGAAAUUCGUGCCUCAGAUGCCGCCGGCUACCCCGUCGGACUUCACUACUCGGCCGCCAACGGCAAGGAGCACAACCAGAAGCUCUUUGGCCCUACUUCCAAGGUCGGAACUGUGAAGGAGGUGCCUUUCAAGAUGCUCUCGGACUUUGAUUUUUCUAUGUACCAGACUACCGAAGAGGGCGUUGACCAGCCCCUCUUCGCCGUUAAGACGAGCAACCUGACGCAAGCAGUUUCGGACCUAGUUGAGAAGGAAGGCUGCAACCGCGACGAUGUCAGCACCAAGCUCUCCAUCAAAUUGGACCCGAUCUUUGGUCUGCCGGAGGUUACGAAGGCGGAGGUGAGCUGCGAGGUUGAGGGUGACAAGAAGGGUGGCGUUGCCGAGGGUGUCAAGAACCUUUUCGGCUUCGGUUCCAAGAAGGGCGGUGACCAGGAGCCUCUGAAGGACGGCGAAAAUGCGGCUGAGGAAAGCACCGAGACUGUUGAAUCCAAGGCUUCGAGUGCUUCCUCUGCGACUUCUUCGGCAUCGGAGAGCGCGAGCACUGAGAAGGCUGAGGACGCAAAGCCGAGCAAGAAGACCGUCACCGGAUUUGUCGGUUUCACCGUCAAUCGCGAGGGUUAUGAAACCGUUCCCAAGGCAGAGAUGAAGCGCAUGAAGGACAGGCUCUCCGCUUUUGAUGCCUCCGACCGCGCUCGCUUCAACCGUGAGGCUGCGCUUAACGCUCUCGAGGCCUUUACAUACCGCGCUCGCGACCUUCUCUCCGAUGAAGGCUUCACUUCCGCCUCCACCGAGGCCCAACGCGCCGAACUUCAGUCCAAGCUCGAAGAGACCAGCGAGUGGCUCUACGGAGAUGGCGCGGAUGCUGACGAGGCAACUCUCAAGACUAAGCUCUCUGACCUCCACGCCCUUGUCAACCCGGUUGUGAAGCGCCGCGACGAGGCGGUCAAGAGGCCCGAGCAGGUCAAGAUGCUCAAAGACGCCCUGGACCAAACCAAGAGCAUGAUCACCAUGCUCAAGAACGACGUGGAAAAGGCAGUGGAAGCGUCCUCGUCUGCGGCGGCGGCCUCGGCAUCCAGCGCUUCGGUCUCGCCUUCCUCGACGCCCGCGGCGUCCGACUCUGCGGACUCGCUCGACGACCUCGAGGAAGACGCCAGUCCCACGAGCUCGGAGAGCGCCAAGGAGACGGAGGCGCCGUACGAGUCGCCCUACUCGGCGGCCGACGUCGAAGAGCUCAACAAGGCCUACACCGAGGUCAGCGCGUGGCUGGAGGAGCGGCUGGCGGAGCAGGAGAAGCGCGUCGCCACCGAGGACGCGGCGCUCAGCUCGGUGGAGCUGGAGACCAAGGCGCGCCGGCUGAACGACGUGGCCAUGGAGCUGCUGCAGCGCAAGCUGAUGCGCGGCGGCCCGAAGAAGUCGGGCUCCUCGUCUGGAGGCAAGUCGGGCAAGAAGGCCAAGAAGGACUCGAAGGCGAAGAAGGCGGAUAAGAAGAAGGCCGAGAAGACCGAGAAGGAGGAGAAGGUCAAGGCGGAUAACACGCCUGACCAUGAGGAGCUGUGAUUGAUUGAUGGAUGGAUGGAUGGAUGGGCGGCAUGGAAAAGGAUCGCAGGGCUGGACGUGCAUCUGGGAUAGGAGUUAUUGAAUCGCACAUGUUUUUGGCGUACUUGUCGUCACUGCCG